CGCAUGCAUCGGUAAAGAUCUAGAAAACGAUGGAGUCGCUGUUGGAAACAGUCUUCGCAUUGGUACGCGGAAGACUCCUUCCAACUGCUUAGCGGAAAAACGCGCGUUGCAGCAACGGAAGACGAAGUUGUUGAUCAGUCGGACAUGCAGAUGUACGGGAGAACGCGAAUCAUGUGGAUGAGUCUACCAUUUUUCUGCGCAUGCAUCGUCUCUAUGUAUCUCUCUCCAAGCACACAUCAGUUUGAGCAUGUUUUUCUCAGUGCAAAGAAUCGAGACUUCGUUUCUGCUCGUUCGCUUCCUCAUCGCGCGUUGCUCGCGCACACACUAGCUUCGCUGCGGAGCCUCCGCGACGUCAGGUCUUUUCUUCUGCAGAUCUGACUUUUCUCUGCUGCUCUCUUGGAACGCCAUGUGGAUUCCAGCAGUCUCAGCUGCUGCACAUACAUGCGGCGGGCAGCUGGCGCCGGCCUCUUCGUCGCGCCCCACCGACAGACAGAGGCCUGCCGUUCUCUCUCUUCAGUCUCCACUCUCGAGUAGUUCUCUCGACUCGCGUCUUCUGCCCCAACCUCGUCUGUCGUCUUCCUUCUCUUCUCAUCGCGCCUCCUCCGCACCGUCCUCCACCUUUGCGGCACGAGUCCUCUCCACGGAAAGGAACCAGCUCAGCAGUGUCUCAUCUGUCCUCUUGAAAAGCAGAGCAAUCAGAAAUCCGCAGCCCCGCAGCCUCCACCUCGCUUCUGGCUGCUCCCUUCGCCAUGAAAUUGCCGCCUGCCGCACACAGCCAGAAGGCUGCGAAACCUUUCCCCCUGUCUCGUCCGCGGACGCUUCUCCUGUCGUCGCUUCUUUUCCUCGUGAGAGUGCGCAGGCUGCUCCAGGAGGGAGAGGAGAAGGCAUCGGUUUGCCUCCGCCUCCACCUGCCGCGUUCCCGAGCGCCUCCAAGCCACCCGAGCCUGUCGUUGUCUCCACUGCUUCGGAUGCCGCGCCUCUCAUUCGCUUCCUUCUCUCUUCUUCGUCUCGUCCUUCGCUGGGUGCUUCUGGAGACAAAGACGACGAGGCUUCCGGCCGGCAGACGCUUCAGCUGUCUCCGCGCUUUCUGCCCAGGGACCUCCAGCUGCCUCGCGUCGAAAGUGCAGCAACACAGGAAACGGCAGACGGCUCAGAAAGCAACUGCUCAGUGUAUCUCCUGCAGUUCGAGAGUUGCCCGUUCUGCAGGAAAGUCCGGGCCUGCCUCGACUUCCUCAACAUCCCGUACACCCUCGUCGAAGUCGAGCCGCUCUUGAAAAAAGAGCUCAAACCUUUCGGAUACUCCAAAGUCCCUCUCCUCGUCAUUGCUCGCUCUUCUUCUCCGGCGUCCUCUUCUUCGGCAGAAGCGGCGGCUCAACUCGCUCGGUGGGCUGCGGAAGACGCGGGGAAGCCUGUGGAGGAGCGACGCCUCUUUGCGCUGGCAGACAGCAAAGCCAUCGCGCAUGCACUGAUGGAAUCUCGAGGAAACUCGACGGGUGCGGAGGGCGCGGAGAACCGCAGACAACGCGAGGUCCAGUGGCUUGUCUGGACAGACCAAGUUCUUGUUCAACUGAUCGUUAUGAACGUCUACAGAACCAUGCAGGAAUCCCUCGAAACGUUUUCUUACCUCCUCACGCAUCCGUCUUUCUCCUACUUCCAGCAACUCUCAGGGCGCUGGACUGGCAGCGUCGUCAUGCGGCUCGUGGCGGGUCAGCGUAAAAAGCGCUACGCGGUCGAUGAUGUCCGACAAGCUCUCUACGAGGCACUCGACGACUUCAGGCGAGCGUUUGAGGAGUCUGGGUCGCCGUUCUUCGGCGGCGCUGAACCGGAUGAGGUCGAUCUUGCGGUCUUUGGAAUUCUUAACAGCACCGAGGGAUGCAGCGUGGAAAAGGACAUCCUCCAGAACAGCUCUAUUGUACCGUGGCUGACGCGUAUGCGACAGGCUGUUGGACCCUCCAAGGCUUUCAAUCACAUCUCUCGGGGACCCUCUUCCGCUGCUUCUUCGUAGUCCAUGGUUUCGUGUAGAUCGUGUUCCAUUGCAAAGGAGUAAUGACGUGACUGGAGGCGCGGAUACACUCCGAGAAUCAGAGUUUUUUUCGGCGUUUCAGACGUCGUCUGUCAGUGGAUCUUCAUCUAGACUGACAGCCUUCUUGUGAGGUGCUCAAACGUCCUCCAGUCAAGCCGUGACCGGCCUAGACGUUGUCGGCGCGUCUCGCGAGCCGGAGGCGAGGCGCACAACAACAGAAGUCGCUAAGCGUGGGCGAGCCUCAGCAUCCAGAGAGUUUCAGACGCAUGCAUUCGUGUAACAGUCGGUUCUCGACUAUUGGGUGGGGUACGUGAAGGAGAAACGGUCGCAACCGGCUCGUGAAUGGAGUCGUGGAGUUUGGCCGACGGUAGCCAGUGUGUGUUGGGUACGAAAGGCGGAUAUCGAAGAGUAUGUGAGGUGUGUCUUUUCUGUGGAGCAUUCCUUCUGAGUAACUCUUUGAGUUAUGGUU